GUCACCUACCAUUUCCAGAAAGCGCGGGAAAAUGGCUGCGGCCGGAGCUUCAGCGUCCGGGUUGAUCCUUUCACGCCCGGUCACCUUCGUCACCGGCAACGCUAAAAAGCUCGAGGAGGUCCGAUACAUCUUGGGCCAGUCCAUACCCUUCAACUCCCUGAAGCUCGACUUGCCAGAGCUCCAAGGAGAGCCCGAAGAUAUCUCCAAAGAAAAGGCUCGAUUGGCUGCAAUUCAGGUGAAUGGGCCAGUGCUGGUGGAAGACACCUGCCUCUGUUUCAAUGCCCUUAAGGGUCUCCCAGGGCCUUACAUCAAAUGGUUUCUCCAGAAGAUAGGUCAUGAAGGUCUGAACAAUUUGCUGAUGGCAUAUGAAGAUAAAUCAGCUUAUGCUUUGUGCGCUUUUUCUUUUGCUCUCGGUCCAGAUGCUGAACCAGUAACGUUUCUGGGGAAAACUCCGGGGAAGAUAGUUCCUCCAAGGGGACCCAAUGAUUUUGGAUGGGAUCCAAUCUUUCAGCCAGAUGGAUAUGAGCAGACUUAUGCUGAAAUGCCCAAGGAAGAAAAGAACAAGAUUUCACACCGCUACAAGGCUCUUGCACUAGUAAAAUCUCAUUUUGCUAAAGCUGGAUAUGUUUUCCAGACAGAUUCCCCUAUUUAAGAGGCAGCUAUGUAUUUGCUUUGUUGCAAUAAGAGUAGCACCCUGGUAAACAGUUGGAUGCUCUUUUCAACAGUGUCAAUUAUUCCAUUUUCCCUAAUCAGUUAAGGGAUGGAAAGAAAGAAUGGCCAUUGAGUAUUUUGAUAGUGUUUGCUGCAUAGAGAAACUCAGAGAGGAACAGAGAAUAUACUUACUUUCUACCUUAUGGUGAAGUCAAAAAGUCUUGUAAAAAUGAAGCCCAAAAUACACUUAUUUUUCAUCAAUAUAAAUCUCAUCCAGCAAGUUUCAUUA